AGAGGUGUGGUGGGAUGGUUAACUCGCCUGUAGAAAUGACAAUAAGGUGAAAUGGGUGAGUUAGAGAGAAAGAAACAAUAAAAUAUAAUAAAUAAUAAUAAAAAAAAAAACUUCUUCUAAGAAACCCCCUCUGCCCUGCCCUGCCCUGCCCCGCUUCUCCUUUCCUCGACCCUAAACUCUUAUGAGUUGGGGAUUGGAGUGAUCUCUGUCCCCGAUCCACCUCAUUGGUAAGAAUUUUAGAGAUUAAUUAAUAAAUUUUAUGAAAAUCUAGUGACCUUACAGUAAUUUACCCAAUAUUAUCGCUGGGUCGAUUCCGAGUUUCCUCAGUCGCUAAUAAGAAGUCCAGAUAGAAAUAGAUUGCUGAAUGGAUCUUCCAGUCCGUAGUAGAUUUCUCACCUUCUUGUUCUCUUGCAUUACAACAACCACCUAAUCUUGGUAACUGUAGAGUGUGGAUUCUAGUCAGUAUCCAUGUCUACAGAAAACACAGAGCUUCGCGAAGCUCCUUCUGCUCAUCCUCUCGUUCUUCGUCUUCAAGAAAUCAUAUGCUCUUGUUCCGAAUCAAUUCAAGGUGGAGAUGGAAGUUCAGUGUGGGAGUUAGUCGAUUUCCUCGAAACAAUCUCGGGUUCUGCUUUAGCUGACGCUGAAGACGAAGAUGCACAAAACAAUGCAUUAGAAGUUCUCUCCGAGAUCCAAAGAUUUUUGCUUUCUCCUACUUUAGACCAGGAGGUUAUUGAUGCACUUUCCUUCGAGUUGCCGAAGGUGGCUUCAAAGUUUGCAGGCUUGUCAAGUAGAUGCUUGGAGAUUGCUGAUAGAAUUAUUGAUCGUUUUAUAGAGAAAUGUAGUCCACGCGAUAUGCUUUCAAUUCUUUGCGGGGCUUUGAGUGCUACAGAUAGGCCGAUUUAUGCAUCUGGCUAUGUUGCUUCUAUUCUAAGAGGGCUCUCAAAAGUAUUCAUUUCCCUGCAAAGGCGUCACUUUGAGCAAGUAAAAGUAGCAAUUCCCGUUAUCCUAAAUGUGUUAAAGGCUGCAUGUUCAGAGCUGGGUGAUGAAGAUACAGAAUGCAUGAAUUUGUUUUGCAGAGCUAUAGGCAUUGCUGAUUCCAUACGGGCAGUGUGUGCAAAAUUUGAAGGCAGAGUAAACGAAAAGCUCCGUGCUCUGCUUGGUUUAUAUGUUUUACAAGUCAUGGCUCUUGUUUCAUUCAGUGAAGGAGAUAAGGUGUCAAGCUAUCUUCCUCUGGUGUCACAGCUUUCCAACUUUCUCCCAUAUUGUGAUUUAUCAUAUCUUGGUUUAAUAACUGGAUCUGAUGUUGAUGUAAUGACUAACAUUAUUGUUGGAGAGGUGGAAGAUGAUUAUAUGAGUUGUUUAUCCUACAUCAAGCAUGGCGCAUCUCUUUCAGUGAUCUGGGGUUAUAUAUAUGAUGAUGUUACUCAGGCUGCUGGAGGGGAUAUUUCUUUUAUCAUGGGUGAACUUCAAAGUAACCAAAUUAACAGGUGGCAAGCAGUAGGCAUGUUAAAGUAUAUACUUGCCUCUACUGAUAUGCUAUGGGAAUUGAAGAAGCAUGCCAUUAACUUCCUGCUUUGCAUUACAAAUGGAAGUGUCACAAGAAAUGAUGGACUCACUGACUGCUCUAUUUUUUUGCCCAGUCUCUGUGCUGCUUCACAGGUCAUUACAAAGGUCAUCAUUUAUGCACCAAAUACUGAGUUAAGGAAGAAUGCCUAUGAGGCAUUGAAGAGGGUACUUGCUGAUACUCCAACUUCCGAUAGGUUUGAUAUUUUAAAAGCUUUGAUUACAAAUAGUGAUUCUUCCUCUAUGACAGCAAUUCUUUUAGAUCUAGUUAGAGGUGAGUUGCACAGGGAAAGUUUCCAAAGAAUAUCAACAAAGAAAGAUGAAGCCCCACAAACCGAAAAUCAAGGGAGUUCAAUCUCUUCAAUAUGGACUGCUGAGGUGCUCAAAUUGGUGGAGAUAGUUUUGAGGCCUCCAGAGGGAGGACCUCCACCUUUUCCUGAGCAUGGAGAUGCGGUUCUAGCUGCACUCAACCUGUACAGAUUUAUAUUGAUAACAGAAUCAGCAGGAAAAACCAAUUAUACUGAAGUUCUGUCUGAGAAAAAUUUACAGAAGGCAUACAAUGAGUGGCUUCUGCCUCUUCGAACCCUUGUAACUGGAAUUAUGACAGAGAACAAGAAUGAUUAUGAUCAACUUGCAAUUGACACAGUAUGUGCUCUUAACCCAGUGGAGUUAGUUCUAUAUCGCUGUAUUGAGCUUGUUGAAGAAAAGCUAAAACAUUCUACAUAAACUGUGACUUUUACAUCUGAUAGCUCAUAUGCUUAAAUUAGGGGAAAGUCCCAUCUCAAUUGCCCUGUAGGAGGAUGGGUAGAUAUAUACUUGCCAGUGGAAAUCCUUGUAUUUUUUUUCAUUUGUUUUUCUACAGUUUCAAUACAGUUAUCGUGAGAAACAUGUGUUGUAAACAUUUUGCAAGUAGGAUUUAUUUUCUUAUUUGAUUUUUAUGUGAAUUGAAUAAUGUCGCUUAUUAAACAUUUCCUCCUUACCACA